AUGGGGCCGAAAAAGGUACCAAAACCCGCAGAACCGGAAAUCACCCCAGAUAGUGAUUCCGAAGGGGGCGGAGCUGCUGGAGGAGAGCCCGCCAAGGCAGAGACACUUAUGGGUGCAGACUUCGAAACCCUAGUUUGCAUGUUGCGAAAAUGUCUUACGUUCCAGUCUGACCUGAGCAAGCGUUGGAAUGAAGAAACGCAGAAGCAGGAGGAACGAUGGCAGGAGAUGGAGGUACAGGUUCACCGACUCAGAGAGGGCCUGACCGAAGUUGCGAGGCGUGGUCCUCAACACCCCCAUGUACAACAACAGGAAGAAGUGGAGCCCCAAUCUCCCACGCUACGGGAGCAUUCGGGGAGAGGCUGGGCCCAGAAGCUCCACUGUAUGAGAAACAACAUCCACAUGAACCUGUUCGCCUCCUUCAUCCUCAGAGCGGUGUCCAUCCUGGUGAAAGACGCUCUGCUGAGCCUCACCCUCGACCCCCGCAGCACCAGCAGCACACGGCCACGCUCCUGGGCCAAUAUACCGGCGGUGAUGUGGUGCCGAGGAGCCAUGGUUAUGAUGCAGUACAGCGUCAUGGCCAAUAACUACUGGCUUCUGGUGGAGGGAAUCUACCUGCACAGUCUGCUGGUCAUCACUGUGUUCAGUGAGAGGAAGUACUUCUACAGCUAUCUGGCCAUCGGCUGGGGUGCACCUCUCAUCUUUGUGUCUCCGUGGAUCACCGUCAAGUACCUUUAUGAGAAUGAGGAGUGCUGGGAGAGGAACACCAACAUGGGAUAUUGGUGGAUCAUCCGCUCUCCUAUUCUUUUUGCAUGCUUGAUCAACUUCUUCAUAUUCAUCAGGAUCAUCAAAAUACUGAUGUUAGCAAAGUCCACCCUGACGCUGAUUCCUCUCCUGGGGAUUCACGCCAUCCUGUUCACGUUUGUCAUCGAUGAGUCGGUCCCUAAAGGCUCCGUGCUGCGUCUCGUCCGUCUCUUCUGUGACCUCCUCUUCAACUCCUUCCAGGGCCUGCUUGUUGCCAUCCUCUACUGCUUCGUCAACAAAGAGGUGCAGUCAGAGAUGCUGAAGAAGUGGAAGCGCUGGAAACUGGGCCAUGACAUUGACGAGGAAUACCGUCACACUUACAGCCAAACGCCACACGUGAAGAGCGGCAGCAUCGCUACGGGCAACCUGGCAGACAUGGACCAGUGCUGCGAGUCGCCUCAACACGCCACCGCUGCACGGGGAGCCCGCUGCUCCCUCGCCACCGAGGAGAACCGCAGACUUGUGGUCUGCUACAGCAACGGGACAGGUAAAAGCCGCUCCCACAGAAGCCACCUGCUGCAGUUCUCCUUCUUACCACUACGGGGCGCUGCAGGUCGGUCCAGAACGUCCAUAGAGGAUGUGUGGACGGAGGAAGGAGUGCAAUGUCGCGUCGGACCACUAGAGGGAGAGGAGACCAGCGUCUGA